AUGACCGUAGAGUGCUAGGGGCGGAGCUAAAGCCUGGCGCGAGGAACCGUUAAGAUAGACAACAAACAUAGCCAAUGAGGUACUCUGACUAGGGCGUUGGGAACCCAAUAACAGUGGUCGGGCGGGCGCCUUCCUGGAGCGCGGGGAGAUGUAAAGAUAGACAAAUAAUUUUUCCAAUGAGAUUGCAGAAGAGAGAGCUAAUUGGCCAAUGAGGACUGCGGGGCGGGAUCCUGUGCCGCGACGGAGUCCAAGAUGGCGGCGUGCGGUUCCGCUGUGUGAAACGAGCGCGGGGUGGCGGGUUAAUCACCUCCGCGGAGACGACCUCCGACGACCCGCAACAAUGAAGGGGAAAGAGCGCUCGCCAGUCAAGGCCAAACGCUCCCGUGGUGGUGAGGACUCGACUUCCCGCGGGGAGCGAAGCAAGAAGUUAGGUGGCUCUGGUGGCAGCAACGGGAGCAGCAGCGGAAAGACAGAUAGCGGCGGCGGGUCGCGGCGGAGUCUGCACCUAGACAAGUCCAGCAGCCGAGGUGGCAGCCGCGAGUAUGACACCGGUGGGGGCAGCUCCAGUAGCCGCUUGCAUAGUUACAGCUCCCCGAGCACCAAAAAUUCCUCGGGCGGGGGCGAGUCGCGCAGCAGCUCCCGGGGUGGAGGCGGGGAGUCACGUUCCUCUGGGGCCGCCUCCUCAGCUCCCGGCGGCGGGGACGGCGGGGAAUACAAGACUCUGAAGAUAAGCGAGUUGGGGUCUCAGCUGAGUGACGAAGCGGUGGAGGACGGCCUGUUUCAUGAGUUCAAACGCUUCGGUGAUGUAAGUGUCAAAAUCAGUCAUCUGUCGGGUUCUGGCAGCGGGGAUGAGCGGGUAGCCUUUGUGAACUUCCGGCGGCCAGAGGACGCGCGGGCGGCCAAGCAUGCCAGAGGCCGCCUGGUGCUUUAUGACCGGCCUCUGAAGAUAGAAGCUGUGUAUGUGAGCCGGCGCCGCAGCCGCUCCCCUUUAGACAAAGAUACUUAUCCUCCCUCAGCCGGCGUGGUCGGGGCCUCUGCAGGUGGUCACCGGCACCCUCCUGGAGGUGGUGGAGGCCAGAGAUCACUUUCCCCUGGUGGCGCUGCUUUGGGAUACAGAGACUACCGGCUGCAGCAGUUGGCUCUUGGCCGCCUUCCCCCUCCACCUCCGCCCCCAUUGCCUCGAGAGCUGGAGAGAGAAAGAGACUACCCAUUCUACGAGAGAGUGCGCCCAGCAUACAGUCUUGAGCCAAGGGUGGGAGCUGGAACAGGUGCUGCUCCUUUCAGAGAAGUGGAUGAGAUUUCACCCGAGGAUGAUCAGCGAGCUAACCGGACGCUUUUCUUGGGCAACCUAGACAUCACUGUAACCGAGAGUGACUUAAGAAGGGCGUUUGAUCGCUUUGGAGUCAUCACAGAAGUAGAUAUCAAGAGGCCUUCUCGCGGCCAGACUAGUACUUAUGGCUUUCUCAAAUUUGAGAACCUAGAUAUGUCUCACCGGGCCAAAUUAGCAAUGUCUGGCAAAAUUAUUAUUCGGAAUCCUAUCAAAAUUGGUUAUGGUAAAGCUACACCCACCACCCGCCUCUGGGUGGGAGGCCUGGGACCUUGGGUUCCUCUUGCUGCCCUGGCACGAGAAUUUGAUCGAUUUGGCACCAUACGAACCAUAGAUUACCGAAAAGGUGAUAGUUGGGCAUAUAUCCAAUAUGAAAGCCUGGAUGCAGCGCAUGCUGCCUGGACCCAUAUGCGGGGCUUCCCACUUGGUGGCCCAGACCGACGCCUUAGAGUAGACUUUGCCGACACUGAGCAUCGUUACCAGCAGCAAUAUCUGCAGCCUCUGCCCUUGACUCAUUAUGAGCUGGUGACUGAUGCCUUUGGACAUCGGGCGCCUGAUCCUUUGAGGGGUGCUCGGGAUAGGACACCACCCUUACUAUACAGAGAUCGUGAUAGGGACCUUUAUCCUGACUCUGAUUGGGUGCCACCCCCACCCCCAGUCAGGGAACGCAGCACUCGGACUGCAGCUACUUCUGUGCCUGCUUAUGAGCCACUGGAUAGCCUGGAUCGCAGGCGAGAUGGUUGGUCCUUGGACCGGGACAGAGGUGAUCGAGAUCUGCCUAGCAGCAGAGACCAGCCUAGGAAGCGAAGGCUGCCUGAGGAGAGUGGAGGACGACAUCUGGAUAGGUCUCCUGAAAGUGACCGCCCACGAAAGCGUCACUGCGCUCCUUCUCCUGAUCGCAGUCCAGAAUUGAGCAGUAGUCGGGAUCGUUACAACAGCGAUAAUGAUCGAUCUUCUCGUCUUAUUCUCUUGGAAAGGCCUUCUCCAAUCAGAGACAGACGAGGUAGUUUGGAGAAAAGCCAGGGUGACAAGCGAGACCGUAAGAACUCUGCAUCAGCUGAACGAGAUAGGAAGCACCGGACAACUGCUCCCACUGAGGGAAAAAGCCCUUUGAAAAAAGAAGACCGCUCUGAUGGGAGUGCACCUAGCACCAGCACUGCUUCCUCCAAGCUGAAGUCCCUGUCCCAGAAGCAGGAUGGGGGGACAGCCCCUGCGGCAGCAGCCUCUCCCAAACUCUGUUUGGCCUGGCAGGGCAUGCUUCUACUGAAGAACAGCAACUUUCCUUCCAACAUGCAUCUGUUGCAGGGUGACCUCCAAGUGGCUAGUAGUCUUCUUGUGGAGGGUUCAACUGGAGGCAAAGUGGCCCAGCUUAAGAUCACUCAGCGUCUCCGUUUGGAUCAGCCCAAGUUGGAUGAAGUAACUCGACGCAUCAAAGUAGCAGGGCCCAAUGGUUAUGCUAUUCUUCUGGCUGUGCCUGGAAGUUCUGACAGCCGGUCCUCCUCUUCCUCAGCUGCAUCAGACACUGCCACUUCUACUCAGAGGCCACUCAGGAACCUUGUGUCCUAUUUAAAGCAAAAGCAGGCAGCCGGGGUGAUCAGCCUCCCUGUGGGGGGCAACAAAGACAAGGAAAACACCGGGGUCCUUCAUGCCUUCCCACCUUGUGAGUUCUCCCAACAGUUCCUGGAUUCCCCUGCCAAGGCACUGGCCAAAUCUGAAGAAGAUUACCUGGUCAUGAUCAUUGUCCGUGCAAAACUGGUUGAACAGCGGAUGAAGAUAUGGAAUUCAAAGCUCUAAUGGACCUUUUUGAAGAGAAGUUGUGGCUUGUGUGGAGUUUACAUGGGCCUCUGAUGGAAGAAAGCUAAUCUGUUUAAUAUUUGUGCAUUUUACUAAAAUGGCAGCUUAAAGUUGUGUAUCUGCUAUUGUGAUGCCAAUGCCGGUGUUUUAAGUGGAAAAAAAAUGACCUCUUUGCUUUGUGCUGUGUACACAAGAUUUCUGGAAAAGUAAAGAAAAACCCUUUUUAUGGCUCACACAGCUUAAGAGUAGCUGUCUCUCAAACGUGCGCUCACAGUUGAGCUGCUUUUGUUUUAUUCUAAAUAAAUUGUUUCUUUUGAGGAAAAUGUU